AUCAAAGUUGUGAAAAAACGUUACUCAAAAUGGAAAAUUCAGCAAGCGAUUUUGCAUUUACAAAUGUUAAAAAACAACUGUACGCAACCAUUAUAGCCAACUGGAUUGUGCUAAGCUAUGGGUGUAUAAUCGGAUGGCUAAGUCCUGCGUUGCCCAUACUUUUCUCAGACAACACACCACUAGUGACGGGACCAUUAACUCAUGAGCAAUUGUCAUGGGUUAGCUCCAUGUCUUCUGUCGGUGCAAUCGUUGGCACAUUCGUCUUCGGAGUGAUGUCCGUCAUGAUAGGCUCAAAACGAGUUAUGACAUAUCUAGCAUUCCCACUAAUUGCCUAUUGGGUCUUAGUCCAUUUUGGAAACACCUAUUAUCAUCUCUUUUUGGCGAGAGCAUCUGCUGGCCUUACUGUUGGCGGUAUGCAAUCGGUUGUUGCCUUAUAUGUGUCUGAAAUAUCCAAUGAUAAUAUUCGCGGUCGUCUCGGCUCAAUCACACCGUUGGCAAGAAAUGUUGGUGUGCUCAUUGGUUACACAGCGGGCGCCGUUAUAGAAUAUGAAAAGCGUCCGUAUAUUUUCGUAUUCUUCCCAAUUAUGUACCUGUUUUGGUUGUACUCAUUGCCAAAUACGCCACAGUAUUACCUUCACAAAGGCGAUUAUCAAAAAGCAGAAUCGGCUUUAACGUACUACAAAGGAAUCAAUGUGAAUAGUGAUAAGGAAAAAAAGCUUCUGCAUUGUGAAUUUGAGAGAUUGCGAUUUAUUGUGGAAGAGAGAAAAUUGACUGAAAAACUGCACUUUAGUGAUUUCUGCAAUCGAAAUGCGAUGAAAGGAAUUGUCACCAGUUUGGCGAUGUCUUGGUUCAUUCAAAUGACGGGCAGUUUCCUGUUUUUCAAUUAUGCGUCGAUGAUUUUUGAAAAAUCGGGCACUUUAUUGGAUUCAAAAAUCGCAUCGAUCAUUUUGGCAUGCGUGCAAAUCAUUGGCGGCAUAGUUAGUACGCAGUUAGGCGAUACAUUCGGCAGAAAAACCACAUUGUUCAUUUCAUUGCUUGGAACUGCCGUCGGAUUGUCCUGUCUCGCUAGCUACUCGUACUUGCGACACUUUGGCUAUGAUAUGUCGGACUUUUUAUGGCUACCGGUUGUGUGUCUGUCUCUCAUCAUUUUCAUGGCAAGUGUGGGAAUUAUCGCAUUGGCUCACAUCAUUGCCGUUGAAAACUAUCCACAAAAGAUUCGUUCUACUGGUGUUGUUCUGUAUUCAUUGUGCGUGAGCUCAGUGGCAUUUGCAGCAGACAAAUGCUUCCCAAUUCUACUUCAAGUGAUCCAUUUGCAUGGUUGUUUGCUAUUCUUUGUAGCCAGUUGCUGCCUUGGGCUGGUGUUUGUUGUUUUUAUGAAAGAAACCAAGGCCAAUCUCAUCAUGUUGGCUCAUGGCUGCAUCGUUGGUUGGAUCGCGCCUGCUUUAGGGAUAUUAGCCUCAGAAGAAACUCCAUUGGAGGUAGGACCGUUCUCAAACGAGCAGAUGUCAUGGAUUGGUUCGAUCAAUUGUCUUGGUGCUCUGUGUGGAUCAUUUUCAUUUGGUUAUUUCAUAUCUCUUAUGGGUUGCAAACGCGCGAUGAUCGCCUUGACAGUUCCUUGCAUCGCUUUUUGGUGCCUUAUUUACUUCGGAAAUGUUUAUUAUCAAAUUCUGAUUGCAAGAGUUUUCAGUGGUUGGGCCGGUGGCGGAAUUCAAACCACAUUCGUGUUGUACAUUUCAGAAAUGGCCAACGAUGACAUCCGUGGUCGUCUAGCGAGCACUUCGCUUGUUGUCCGAAAUACAGGUAUUCUAAUGGGAUACAUCUUCGGGGCAACAAUUGAUUACAAAUAUAUUCCGAUCAUUUGUGUCAUUUUGCCAAUCAUUUUUGCAAUAAUUUUCGGUAUGAUUCCAAAUACACCGCGAUACUAUCUUCAUGAAGGGCAAAUUCAAAAAGCCGAAGAUGCGUUGAAAUUUUACAAAGGUUAUGAAGGAAAGAAUGAACAGGAAGAUAAUGCUAUCGAUAAAGAAUUCAAACGAUUGAAAUUGAUUGCAAACGAACGAAAGACAGAGGAAAAAUUGCAGACGUCCGAUUUUUUCAAUCGAAGUGCAUUGAAAGGACUUGGCAUUGGAAUCGCAUUAACUUCAUUUUCCCAAUUCACUGGAUCAUUCACUAUAACCAGUUAUGCGGUUAUCAUAUUUAAAGAGGCCGGCACAUCACUGGAUCCAUAUGUAUCUUCAAUCAUGUUAGCUGUGGCACUUAUUCUCAGUUCAUUGCUUACAACGUAUUUGGCCGAUAUUAUGGGACGGAAAGUUUUAAUUGCAAUAUCUUUGGUGGGCUCGGCAAUUGGAUUGUUUGCAACAUCGCUCUAUCACUAUUUAAAUGUGAAUGGCUGUGACUUUUCAGCAUUUGCAUGGAUACCGGUGGUGAGCUUAUCUUUUGUUAUCUUUAUAUCAUCGCUUGGAAUAAUGCCACUGGCGUUCAUCUGCAGUAUUGAAUAUCUGCCGCCAAAGAUUCGAACAGCUGGCCUGGCAAUAGUUGCAUCUUUGUUCAGUUUUGUGACGUUUUUGUUCGUAAAAUUCUUCCCAAUUAUGCUCGGAACCAUCGAUUUACACGGAUGCAUGAAUAUUUUCGGAGUGGGCUGUAUAAUUGGUGCGGUUUUUGUGCUUUUUGUUUUGGAAGAAACAAAAGGUAAAUCCCUUGAUGAUGUAGGAUUAGACGAUAUUUUUGACAGUCGAAUAAAGAAUGACUUGUAUCAAAUACGUUCAUCUAGAUGGAAGUUAAAACACCUUAUUCAUAGUUUAAAAAAAAUGGAAUCAAAAGAAUCGAAAGAAGUAUUUCUAUGGACAAAUACAUGGAAUCAGUACUUUGCAACAUUCGCAGCUAAUCUAAUAAUUUUUAGCCACGGCGCAAUUAUAGCUUGGGUCUCGCCUGCUCUAUCAAUUUUAGCGUCAGAAAAAUCACCGCUCGUAUCUGGAGCUUUAACAACAGAUGAAAUUUCAUGGAUUGCAUCAAUAAAUAUCUUAGCAGCCAUGAUUGGCACACUCUCAUUAGGCUACUUGAUAUCCUUGAUGGGUAGCAAGCGUGCAAUUCUUUUGCUGACGAUCCCUAUCGUCUCAUUUUGGCUACUUGUUUACUUUGGAAAUCAUUAUUACCAUCUUCUUUUAGCCAGAGUAUUAUCCGGAUUUAGUGGUGGCGGCAUACUUACAUCACUCAUUCUAUAUGUGUCCGAAAUUUCCGAUGAUAGCAUUCGUGGUCGUCUUGGAAGCAGCACCCAAAUUAUACGGAACUUAGGCGUUCUUGUUGGUUUCAUUUUGAGUGCAAGUGUUGAAUACAAAGUUAUUCCAUGCAUCUCUGGCAUCUUUCCGAUUAUUUUCGCAAUUAUUUUCGUGAUGUUACCGAAUACUCCACGGUAUUAUCUCCAAAAAGGACAGAUUCAAAAAGCCGAAGAUGCAUUGAAAUAUUACAAAGGUUACAAAGGGAAGAGUAAGCAGGAAGAUGAUGAACUUUAUAAAGAAUUCGAACGAUUGAAAUCGAUCGCGAACGAAAGGAAAACCGAAGAGAAGUUGCAGGCAUCGGACUUUUUCAAUCGAAGUGCGUUGAAAGGACUUGGCAUUGGAAUCGCAUUAACCACACUGGCUCAGUGUACUGCGAAUUUUACGAUCACCAAUUACUCUGUAAUGAUUUUUGAAAAAGCCGGAACAUCGUUAGAUCCAUAUGUGUCGUCAAUCAUGUUAGGGUUGGCACUAAUUCUUGGUUCGGUGUUCUCCACUUACCUGGCCGAUAAGCUUGGGCGGAAAUUUUUGAAUAUCAUGUCUCUGGUUGGUUCCGCCCUUGGACUGUUUGCUUUAUCGCUUUAUCACUAUCUGAAUAUAAAUGGCUAUGAUUUGUCGUCAUACCAAUGGGUGCCAGUGUUGAGCCUAUCAUUUGUUAUUUUCAUAUCAUCGGCCGGCAUCGUGGCAUUGUCACUCGUUUGCAGCAUCGAAUAUUUACCACCCAAGAUUCGAACCCCUGGCAUGGCGAUCAUUUGUUUUUCAUUAAAUAUAUCGGCGUUUACAUUUGUUAAACUCUUGCCAUUUCUUUUGGGAGUGCUCGAUCUGCAUGGAUGCAUGACAAUAUUUGGAGUCAGUUGUGUCUUGGGAGCAAUCUUCAUUUACUUUUUUGUGGGCGAAACCAGUGGACAAUCUCUUGACAAUGUUGGAUUAGAUGAACAAUCGAAACUUGCACGAGCUCGCUCUAGAUGUAACAGUAUUCUUUAAAUGUCACGAAAACAAUAGCUUCAGGCCAAAUUUAUCUCAUUUUUGCCAAUUAAAACAAAUAUUUUAAAUAUAAUAUUUGAGAGUUUAUUGUUGCUAUAUUGAACUGUCGUUAAUCCGACACUAUAAUUAGGUUGCAAUAUUUCGAGCGUUUGUUAAGUACUAAUGAUAGAAUUACAUUAACGGUGACAGAACAAAGCUCCAAAAACAUGUUAAAUUAGGUGAAUAAUUUUUGACUAAAUUCAAAAUUAGAAAAUCUGCUACGACUCGUAGAUUUGAUCGUAGCUCUUCAUCGUUGGCAUUCGUUCCAAAUCAA